AUAGUAAAGUCAAUACUGUCAAUUAAAAUGAACAGCUGUCCACUUUUUGAAAAUAUCUAAUUUAUUAUGUGGCGUAAUAAGGUUUAGUAUUUAAUGUUUAUACCAUUGCGCAUCUCCAAAUGUAUGUAACAUUUUCGUAUAUAUAAAUUAGUGGUGCAGUGGUCUGGGCAAGUAUGUCGCUACCUCCUCUUGUUUGCAACACUCCUCCACCACCCGAUCAGUGUGAAGAUGACAAAGACCCUGAAGAUUUUGAUUUAAAUUACAAUUUAUCACAGGAUGAUGACGAAGAUAGUAAUAGUUAUGAUUAUCAAACAUACUCAAAUUAUAACAUAUAUGAAACAGCUAAGCCAGUAAAUAUCCAAGACAGUGCCUGGUCUAUGAACAUUGCUAAUAAUUUGAACAGUGUCUUAACAGAUCAGGUUUCGUCAGUUGAUGAUAACAAUAAGACUGAUCACACAACACCUAUCAUAAAUGAAUUAAGUGAGAAACUAACAUUGGAAGAUAUUGCAGUUGAAGAUUUGAAUUUAGAAAUAAAUCAAGAACAAUUAAAUUUACAAGUCAUUAGCAGUGAAAAAAGUGACAUUGAUGGCAAUGAUUAUAAUUAUUCAUCGGAAGAAAAAGUGACAGAUGAAAAAACAAUUAGUAACUGUGAUGUAGUUGAAACAGAUAAUGUAAUAACACAGAGUGAUACUGUUUGUACAACAGAAACAUCAGAAAACUCUUUACCUGAUGAUGUUGAACAUUUGGAAACAAUUUCUAAAACAUAUGAACUACCCGAUGAUGAAUUUAAUGACUUCCAUUCAAAUUUAGAUGCAAAGAAUAAUGAAACAGAGUUUCAAAAGGAAUUAGAAAGUGAACUCAAUGUUCAAAAUGAAAUUGAUAAUUUAGAAGAGAAAGUACAGGAUGAUGAUUUUGGAGAUUUUGAUGAAUUUAAAUAUGCUAAUAAUGACAAUGUUUCAACUGUUGUUGAAAAUUUUGAUAAUCCAUGGACAAAUGAAGCUCCAACUGAUGAUUUUGGUGACUUCAAAGCAAAUUUUGAGGAUGAUAAUGUUUUACAAGAAGAUACUGGUACUUCUGAUGUUGCCAAUGUUGACAAAGAUAUUUGUGUAACCAAUGAGAUUAGCGAUGAUGGUGAUGAUUUUGGAGAUUUUGAUGAUUUUAAAUCCUGUACCAAAUCAGCUGUGAAAGAUGAAUUAGAUGACCAAUUAAAUCAACAUAUUCCUGUAAUUGAUUUUCAUUCGUCAGAAAAUGAAAAUCAAGUUUUAGAAAGUAUUAAUAGUAUUUUUUCCACAAUAUUUGAAGAAGAAAUAUUAGAACCUGAAUCCGAGUUUAUUGGAAGAUUAGAAUCAGUACUUAAUGAGACAUGGGGCCAUUUAGUUGAUACGGAUGUAAGACAACCAUACAUGGUUAAUUGGAAUAAUUCAUUAGGACAGAAAAGUCUGUUAAAAGCUCUUUGUAUAGACUCAAGAAAUAUUUUAUUUGGACCUAAAUGGAAUUACAAUAUGCCUAAAUAUGCAGUAAAUCUUAGUACGGCGCCCCUGCAGCCACAAAAGCAAUCAUCAACUUUAUCUAACAUGGAAAGUCAAAAUUCAGAUAAGUCUUUGAAUAAGGAAAAUGAUACAUGGGUUGAUCCUUUCUCCUCAAAUGGACAAGAAUUCACAUAUGCCGAGACCCUCCUACUUGACCUUGAACACCUAAUGGCUACUUUAGAUCAAAUGGCUCACAAACAUUCCACACUCAAAAUUUCAGAAUUACUCUCACAUGCCUGUAACAACACUGAGAACGAUGUCGCAGCUACAGAAACAAAUACAACUGAUUUGGAAGUUUUCGAAAAAGUCAUGACUGUGAAAUUGGAUAAAGUUUAUCCGACUUCAUUAAAUGUCCAACCGUUGCGUCAAAUCAGUUUACCAGAUACCCAUAUAUUUACGCCAUCGGAUUCAGAAACACCGAGGUCGAAAACGAUACAUUACGACACUAUUGCACCAGUAUUAUUAAGUCAAACUGUCACCGAAGUGUCUACUCCGUCGACUGCAAUCCCAUCUGAAGUCCCUAAACUGGAAGGUGACGAUUAUUGGGAAUUCCAAGAUUUUAAAAGUACAACAGAAAACAUUCAACCAUCGAAAGACCUUAGUAAAACAGAUAAGGAAUCGGAUAAAAGUAAUGUAGGAUCCAACAAUUUAAUACAGAGUGGUUCCUCAUAUCAACCGCAAUUACUACAGCCUAUAAAACUUGAGCCAAUGGUACCCGCAUUAAAUUGGCCAGAUCCAGGUGAAGUUAAGGAAACAUUUGAUGAUUUCACAGAUUUUGUUUCAAGUGCACCAUGGGAAAGUGACAAAAAUACACCAAUAAUACAAGAAGACAAAUCUGAAGAUAAAGCAACAGUUUCAAAUAAACAAAAUGAUACAACAUUUAUAGAAACAAAUUCCAAUAUAGAGGGUAACGAUGAUGACUUUGAAACAUUUCAAUCCGCACCAACAGUAACUCAAAGUAUUCAUUCAAAACCUUUCGAAGAUACUAGUAGCGAAAUAACAUAUCAAGCUUCAUCUAGCAAAUCAACAAAUUUUGAUAACGCUUUUUCUGAUUUCGGUAAAAUUAAUAAAAAUGAAAUAACAAAGCAACAUGGCGUGUUUGCUAAAAAUGUCCCACAUUCUUCGACUGAAAAUUAUAGCAACAGCAUGUCAAGUGUUCGAGAUGGCUUUGCCAGUAAUUCUCCAAUACAUUCCGUAGAGACGCCGAAUAUGUUACAACCAGUACAGGCCAGCACGAGCAGUGCGUCACGCCAUAACAAUACGGCUCAGAUUUUACAACCUCUAUCCUUGGAGAGUUACUCACAAAUAAAUUGGCCUAAUCCAGGAAUAGAUUUGCAGGAUCUAUCGCGAUUUAAUCCAGUCGAAACUGUCCCAUCUUUGAAAAGUGAUAUAAGUUCUAACAGUCAGAGCAAAGUAAACUCUCCAGCUCAUACUGAUAAGAAUUCAAGUCGUAAUGAAGUUUUAGAUGACGACAUUUGGGGAGAAUUUGUAUCCAGUAAACCUAAGCAACAAACGUCUGUUAAGAAACCACCAAUCUUUGGCGACGAAGAGGAAUGGACAGACUUUGUCUCUAGUACUAGUAUCAAACCUCAAAACGGCUUAAAUACGAUAAGUUUAAACGUUCACACGAAUUUGAGCUUACAGAAAUCAUCAAACUUGAAUAAAUUAAAUGUAAAGAAUAAUCAGAUAUCUCUAGACAUUCCAACAUUAAAUUACAUAACACCUAAAUCGAGUCGAAAGACAUACAAUGAUAAACAUUUCCAAAAUUUAUAACGCCAACAAAUUAAACAUUUCAACUUUAAAUAUGUACUUAAUUAGAUAUGUAAUAAGUAUUAUGUAAAUAGGGUGAUGGGAUUUUUAGAUCAUAAUAUUUAUAUUGUUAUAUAAAAUGAAUCCGAGGUAUAAAAUGUAUCAAUAUUUCUAAAACGUAGGUGAUAUCGUGUAAGGUAAAUAAGUCUAAUAGGAUUCAAGAUGCGAAUAAAAUAAAAGACCAUAUAAGUAUUGGGUGCGUUUUUGAAUCUAUGUACUUUUUAUCAGUUUCAUAUCAUUGUAAUAGCCUUUCAUUGUUCAAGAUCAUUAUUUUGUUAGAUUAUGUAAAAAAGUUUUCAAUAACAUAGCCAAAAUUGUUGUAUAAAAUGAUCAUCCAUUUUCAAUGCAUAAAGCAAUAUAGUCAUUUAAAUCUGAGUUGUCUUAAAAUUUAAUAAUUUUCACUGUAUAGUGAGAAAACGCAUUGUCUAUUAAAUAUGAGGAAUUAUUGUAAUAAAAUUAUUUGAGGUCUAUUGACAGUGCCCUAUUGAUAAUAAUUAUUAAAAACAUUUGGUAAAUUACGUAUUGUUUGUAUAUAGAGGUGAUUACGAUAUUGUAAAAAAUUGUAAAAAUAUGUAGCAUAAAAUAUCAUCACAAUUUUAAAAUGUACUGUUCAAUAAAAAAAAAUCACCCGUUACCAUGUCUAAUCCUCAUGUAUGAAUGAAUUGUAAGUAAAAUUAUUUAUUAAUUUGUAAAAAUUACACAUAUCUCCACUUUUUCACCAAAAACAAUAAAAUAGAUUUUGGUUUUUUCAAGUAUUUCGAUUUCGUCCAAGUGUAGUUUGUAUUAAAAGUUAUGAAACUUAUUUUCAAAGUAUUAAAUUGAUUCAUUGCAUUUAUUUAAAACCCUUGUUGGGUUUAUUAUAAAUCGAUCAAUAAAUCAUAGAUACAAUGUUUUUUUUAAUUUAAUUUAGUAUUGUUUUUCAAAACAGGAAGAACAUCUUCAGAUCUCUGAAAUUUAUUGAACUGAAGUUCAAAUCAACAAAGGCAAGAACUUUAUGUAUAAAUUGCUUGUGCCUUAUAAUUUAUGUAUUAUAAUAGAUUGCAAUAGUGUUUAGUUUAUUGCACAUUCAGAAAACCUUUAUUUUGUCUGUAAAAGGAAUAAACAUGUUGCAUAAUG